CUCAGUGAAGCACUUAAGAUUGGAAGGGCUUCGCCGGCGAAGAAGUAAAAGCUUUUCAGCGGGUUUUUUGAAACAUUGGAUGCCGGAAGGGUUUUUGUUACAAGUUGGCAGUUGCGCACCGACCACAGCAGACGAUUUAUUUAUGGAUUUUUCUGUGUUAGAUACUUAAAAAGGAUUGUCAACUCGACAAUUAUCCAUUUUAUAUUUAAUGCACCAAAUUUGAAAAAGUUUUAACACAAAUAUUAGUAAAACUUUGUUUCCCAUUGCAGAACUCUUACAUUUGUGAAAUUAUAACAACAUUAAUUAUCGUUUGGUGCAAUGAUUGCUUCUUGUUAAUUAAAAUGAUUAUGUGUCUUCAAAUUAAGCAAUUUCAGAAACUGUUUACAUAAGAAAUUCGUUCGAAAAUUAAAACAAGAAUAUUAAACACACAUAGUCAUUAACACUAUAUUUAAUGAAUUUUUGGUUUAAUGAACUUUUUAUUUCCUCUUAGACUAAAUGUGUAAUAGGACUGAAGAAUACACAGUUGUGACAGUACUUUGCGACCUACCAUCAAAAAGUGGUACGACUGAACAAUGUGCCAAUUGGUUUUGUGAAAAUAUACUGUUAUACGGAGGAUUAUAGUAGUUUCUCAGACGUUUUUAAGAGAACUGUUUUGAACUUAAACCAUGGCUGGGGAAUUAUGGAUGGUUGUGGCUUUGCUCAGUACCGUUCUGUCCAACAUAUACUGUGGGGAUGACGAGUCCGGUCCAAGAUUCAGAACAGAGCCUCCAUUCAGGAUAGAAUUUUCCAACAGCAGUGGUGCUGAGAUUCGAUGCACUGCAGAUGGCAUCCCUCCUCCACGAAUGAACUGGCAAAACAGGGAAGGAGCGAAUGCUCGAGACAUUCCCGGCAUUCGGUACAUGAGAUCGGAUGGAACUCUAGUUUUCCCACCAUUCGCUCGUGAAGACUAUCGACAGGACGUGCAUGAUACGUUGUAUCAGUGCUUGGCUUCAAAUAGUGCUGGUGCUAUCAUAAGCAAGGAAAUGCAUGUUAGAGGAGUCGUCCAACAGAAAUUUAUUCCUCAAGUGUACGAUGAUUACGUGAUUCGAGGCAACACGGCAGUGCUUAGAUGCCACCUACCAUCAUUCGUCAGGGAAUAUGUCACCCUUGAUUCGUGGCUGAUUGAUGAAGAUCUCGUUCUGAAGAGCACUGAUAUUGAAGAUGAUAAGUAUACAGUGCUAUCCACAGGAGAGCUCAUUAUACACCGUGUGGAUGACUCUGAUGGUAAACGCAAUUUCAAAUGUAGAGCGAGACAUCGAUUGACAGGAGAACUUGUUCUCAGCCCAACAACUGGAAAAGUUAUUGUUACAGAGCCACAUUCUCCAAUGGGUCCAAGAAUAACCUUCAGCCAAUCACAAGUGAGAGCUGAUGAAGGUAGCUAUGUGCGAAUUCCAUGUGUAUCUACAGCGCAGCCUGCUCCAGAAUACAGGUGGUUGAAGGAGACUUCAAGUGGUCUGUUUCCUGUCAUUGAAGACCAUCGAACGCGUGUUACUUCGGGUACUCUUCAUAUUAAAAACGCCAUGAUAUCUGACGGGGGUAAAUAUCAGUGCAUUAUAACGAAUGGUAUAGGAGACAAAAGAACGGAUACAGUUCUCAUAGUAACAGCUCCUUUGAAAGUAACAGUGAUCCCUGAGCACCAAACUCUGAAUAUCGGCGAAACUGCUGUUCUGAAUUGCUCAGUGAGUGGCCAUCCUGUGCAUACUGUUACUUGGAGGAAAGACCAGAGGCACUUGGCGGCGAACUCGAGAGUCCAAUUGCUGUCUAGGGACGUUCUACAUAUUACGUCAGUGAGGCGUGAGGACAAAGGAAUGUAUCAGUGUUUUGCUUAUAACGACGCUGAUGGAGCCCAAGGCACAGCUGAAAUAAAAAUUGGUGAUGUACCACCAUACCUGCUAUCAGCAUUUCCUGACACAACGGUACAUUCAGGUGAAAAGGUCAGCCUGAAAUGUGUGUCAGCAGGCAACUUUGCACCACGAGUUGUGUGGACACUCUACGACCAGGAACUAAGCACAGCACUGAAUUCUCGAAUCAGAAUCGGCGAUUUUGUCUCCAAUCAAGGCCAUGUUACGAGUUAUCUCAACAUAACAGACGCUCGUGUUGAAGACAGUGGUGUCUAUCGCUGUGAUAUUAGCAAUGAUGUGGGAGCAGUGUGGCAUGCUGCACGUUUGAAUGUAUAUGGACCUCCAUUUAUAAGGCCAUUUCCAAACAUAUCAGCUAUUUCUGGGCAAGAGUUAGUGCUUAACUGCCCUGUUGGAGGCUAUCCUAUCAAAAGCAUCACCUGGCAGAAAGGUGGUAUAAUUCUUCCCUUGGAUCACAGGCAUAAAAUAAGCAGUACUGGUUACUUGACGUUACAAGAUGUUCAAAAGGCUGCAGACGAAGGGGAAUAUACCUGCAUAGCGAAGAAUCCUGAUGGACUAACCGCAUCUGGUUCAACAUAUGUUUCAGUAGUCGUGGCUCCUGUAAUUGAUGCUCAAUAUUUUCCUGACACAAUCACAGCCAAUGAGGGCGAAAGGGCGAAAAUCAUAUGUAGCGCCACGACUGGAGAUCCACCAAUCAGAUUCAAGUGGCUUAAGAACGGGUUUCCAUUCGUUUCCACGGGACGUGUGUCAAUCAAUCUACUGGACGAUUCAUCGGUGCUUCAGUUCCGCAAAGUUCAAGCAACGGACAGAGGACAGUACACAUGUGUUGCAACCAAUGCAGCAACGUCGACAAAUAUGACAUCUCAGCUCGUUGUGAAUGUUCCACCUGCCUGGACAGCAGAGCCAGUAAAUACAUCUGCCAUCCUGGGCAGCAGUGCGUGGAUGAACUGCUCCGCCGAGGGCUUUCCCACUCCCAGCAUCAUCUGGAGGAAAGCUAGAGAAAGUUCCCCAGGUGAUUUCGGAUACGUAACAUCGAGUCCCAGGAUAAGACAAUACAACAACGGAUCCCUUGUGUUAUGGGAUGUUGAACUCUCGGACAAAGGAUUCUACCUCUGCCAGGCAAAUAAUGGUAUUGGCGCAGCUCUGAGCAAGGUCAUUUUUCUCAACGUCCAAGUCCCACCGAAAUUUGAAGAAACAUAUCAAAGCAGAGCGAUCAAAGAAGGUGACAACACGAGCCUUAAAUGCACAGCUCAUGGCAACACACCAAUUGUCAUAACGUGGCAUAAGAACAAAACACCUCUGCCGGUUAUUGUCAAGUCAAGAUAUUCUUUUAGAGAAAUCUCUGAUGAAAACAAAGUCACCUCUGAGUUGGUCAUUGUCUCCGCCACCCGAGAGGAAAGUGGGAUGUACGCAUGCGCAGCCGUUAAUGACUUCGGCUAUGAUGAAGCCACAUUUCAGCUGGUUGUCCAAGGUGCCCCAGAUCCUCCAGUAAAUCUGACAGUUACAAAUAUCACGAGUCGAACCGUUACAAUAAGAUGGGAUGUGCCUUUUAAUGGUAACAGUCAUAUCACAGGAAGCAGUGUCCAAUACAAGAUGGCUGAUGAUACCUGGAAAGGACACACUUCACAGCUUAUAGUCUCUGGAUCGGACAGCACUGCCAUUUUAAGAGCCUUGCACCCUGUUACCACAUAUCAUUUGAGAGUCAUCGCCGAAAACGCUAUUGGUAAAAGCAGGCCCAGUGGAAUUAUCAAUGUUACGACACAAGUGGAAGCUCCUUCCGGACCUCCAAGAGAGCUAACUGUACAUCCGACUGGAGACCAAUCUUUAAAGGUUACUUGGAAGCCUCCAAGAGAAGACGCCAGGCAUGGUCGCAUUCAAGGCUACCACGUUGGCUACAGGGUUUACCAUUCAUCAGAAAAGUUCCAAUACAAGACUGUUGAAGCAAACGAAGACAGUGAACUUCACUCGACGUACGUCACAGGUCUUCAGCCUUUCACAAAGUAUGAAGUCAUAGUGAAGGCGUAUAAUGUAGCAGGAGCAGGUCCUCAGACGGAUAGUAUUAUUGGAACAACUCUUGAAACAGCUCCACCGACGUCUCCUAUUCUGCAAGUAAUAGGAACAACUUCGAAUUCAAUAAAUAUUCGAUGGGAGAAAGAUUCCAAAGACAGAUCCAGUAUAACAGAAUACACUCUUCACUAUAGACACGAUGACAGUAUGUGGCAGACGAAAAAACUCAGAAGCACAACUGACAGGUAUACCCUGGAGAAUGUCAAGUGUGGCACAAGAUAUCAAAUGUAUUUGACUGCCUCAAAUAGUCUGGGAACUGGAGAGCCAAGUCCUUCUGUAACUACUAGAACAAAAGGAGCUGCUCCAAUGCCUGCACCUCAAAAUUCAUUCGUAACUUUAAAUUCCACGUUUGUCGUUUUACACUUGGACGGCUGGCAAAGUGGAGGUUGUCCCAUACUGCAUUUCAAUAUCCAGUACAAGGCGAAAUACCAGAACCAAUGGACUUCCGUUCCGGAUCGCAUACCAGCAAAUAGAGAAAAGACAAUCGUCGGUCAGUUAACACCUGAUAGAGAAUACAUAGUUAUGGUUACAGCUCAUAGUGAAGCUGGAGUGACACAGGCGGAGUAUAAGUUUAGAACACUUCCUCUUCAAUACUCAUCAGAAUCCACUUCUCUUCCCGCCUUAGUAAGACGAGAGGCUGAACUUCCCUUUCAUCGAAAUGUCACGUUGCUCAUCCCCGUCGUUGUCUCGUCCCUUGUGCUCAUCAUUGUCAUCUUCACUGUCGUCGUCUGCCUUCGGAAACAUACACAAGACAGAAGAGGCCAACAAGAGUAUGAUUCCCAGAAGAUUGCUGCAGACUCACUUUUGAUGUCAGAAGUAUCCCAGAAGUCUCUCAGCGGCAAACAGUCUAUUAAUGGAUCGCAUUAUUCAUCUCCCACAAGAGGGCAGCACCAGUUCGCCAGUAGCAAGAGUGGAGAACAAAGAAGAACAGACAAGCAGCACGAAUAUGCUGAGCCCUAUACAGCGUAUCCAUCCUCGAGGCAGCGUUCAGAUGAAGGAAGUUUUGCUACUAUAAAAAGAGCACCUCCGAGAUCAGGGUCAAUGACGUCAGCUUAUAAAACAGGAUUCUCUUAGGUGAAUAUGAAGAUUAAACCUGGACGAAUUCAAUUUUUAUCUCUGAGUCAGGAAUGAACCACAUUUCAAAUAACUGAAAUUGAAAAAAGGAAGACAGACUGACGAAAAGACUCAUUUUUACUGAAGUUCACAUUUCCCAAGUAAUUUUAAAAUUUAAAAUGUGUGGUUAAAGCUAUCCCUUUCUUGUGCUAUCACCAGUAUAUUUCAACAUCUGUAAAUGAAUCAUAACUUCUUUUUUCUAAAAAAAAAAGAGUGCUUGAAUCUAUCUAAUGUUUUAUUGU